AUGGCACAGGGAACCAUCGUAGCCACCCUUCUGGUGCUGCUUCUGGCUGUUUGCUGCACAACCACCCUCGUCCAUGGCAAGGAGUGGAUCGUCGACGACAAGGGGUGGACCAUUGGUAUCUCCGGCUGGGAGAACGGAAAGCGCUUCAAGUCUGGUGACGUGCUCGUGUUCAAGUACGAAUCAGCGAUGCACAACCUGGUCCAAGUGGAAGAACGCGACUACAACUCGUGCUUGGUCGUCGGCCCGUCGAAGUUCCACGACUCUGGCAACGACCACAUCCAACUCGCCGGCGGCAAAGCCUUCUUCCUCUGCAGCGUUAUGCGUCAUUGCGAGCAAGGCAUGAAGAUGGCCGUCACUGUCGAAUAGAUAGACAUGAUCCCUCUCAUGAUAGUACA